CCAUUCAGAUAGACCAAUGGCUAACUGCAUGAAAUUAUCUUGCUCUGCUGUGUCUACCUUGUUUUUCAGAAAGAAAAGGAAACAGCUAUGGACAUAACAAAUAAGGUCGUCGCCAGUACAUGAAUGAAAUGAUAUUAUCUCCAUAACUUAUCUUCAUGGAGAAACAAGACAUUCCCCAAAGGUCAGCGGUUCGGAGUGGAUGUAAUGAUGCCUUGAACAGUUAAAUGUUUAGAAUGCCAUGCACAUACCGUUUCUUCUUCACAUGUUGCUCUUCAACUUGCUGUGGUGUGUACCACAUGCGCUUAUCUCUUGAAACCAGAUGAUAUAUGGUCUCUGCAAAGUGGUUCAACUAGUUCAAUGAGGUAAUGUGAAAACACAACAUGUAUACAACAAGUGGUUCAGGUUCCCUCCCAAUGGUAGCUACAUCCUACUUGGAUUCUCGUUCUUUUGUUUUGUACUCCCUCCGUUCCAAAAUACUUGUCGUGGUUUUAGUUCAAAUUUAAACUAAAAACACGACAAGUAUUCUGGAACGAAGGGAGUAUUUAAGAAAACUGAGUAUUAAAAAGGGCUGAAAAAGUUUACACGAUUUUUGUUCGUGUAUAAAUAUGAUAAUAUAUGUGCUCUGCAACGAAGACAGAUAUGUGUCCUUUCUAGGUUGUAUUUCCCAGGGGAAAUGUUUCGCUAGAAUGUUUGGACAAAGUGAACUCCCAUGGCAUGUGCUUUAUUGCAUGCCCAGCCCAGUGCUCUACAAUUUGUCGUGGCAACAGCUGGGUUAAGUUGACCCGCUUGCAGCGGCGGCGUCGCCUAUUCGCCUGCCUUGUCUUCCCUCACGUUGCCUCUCCUGUAGUCCUAGGCCUCCUUCGUUGAAUAGCAGAGCCGAGGCCGAGCAAGCAGACAUACGUGCACAACAGCCAUGGCUACUCUCCACGUGUUCCUCAGCCUCCUCCUCCUCCUCAUCUCCGUGCAAACUAUUCCUCCUACCACAGCCACAAAAGACGAUACUCUGGCGCCAGGCCAUGCAUUGGCCGUCGGCGACAAGCUCGUUUCCAGCAACGGCAAGUUCGCGCUUGGCUUCUUCCAGCCCGGCGCCGGGAACAUCAGUAAGUCAUCUACCUCUCCCGGUUGGUACCUUGCCAUCUGGUUCAAUAAGAUCAAUGUCAUCACCCCCGUCUGGGUCGCCAACCGGGAGAGGCCGAUCGCCGGACUCGACCUGAGAGCAACACAGCUCCAAAUCUCAGAAGAUGGCAACCUUGUCGUCUUAAACAACGCCACCCAGUCCGUCGUCUGGUCCACCCACAUCACCAGCAGUAAUAGAACCAACACCACCUCCACUAGCAGCAUCAGGGCCAUCCUCUUGGCCAGUGGAAACCUCGUCAUAGAAAGCCCGUCAAGUCAGGUGCUGUGGCAGAGCUUCGACGACCCAACCGACGUGGCGCUCCCCGGCGCCAAGAUCGGCUGGAACAAGGUCACCGGCCUGAACCGCGUCGGCAUCUCGUGGAAGAGCCGGAUCGACCCGGGCCUCGGCUCCUUCAGCGUGGGGCUGGAAACCAAUGGCACCAGGAUGGUGAUGAUGGGGCACCGAGGCUACCCUUCCCAAGUGUACUGGUCGUGGUCGCCCGACGAGUCGCCGAUGCAGAUGCCAGCACUCCGAGCGCUGCUGAAGAUGAACCCACAGACCAGAGGAUUGGUCGUCCCGGAAUACGUCGACAACAGCGAGGAGGAGUACUACAUGUACACCUCACCGGACGAGGCCUCCUCCACAUUCCUCUCCCUCGACACGUCUGGUCAGACCAAGCUGAACGUAUGGUCGCAGGCCAACCAGGCAUGGCAGACCAUCUAUGUCCAGCCCAUCGAUCUCUGCCGCCCAUACGCCACCUGCGGACCGUUCACCGUCUGCACCGGCAGCUCGCAGCCGCCCUGCGAGUGCAUGGAGAGCUUCUCCCGGACGUCACCUCAGGAUUGGGAGAUGGGUGAUCGGGCAGGAGGGUGCUCCAGACGCACUCCGCUGGAUUGCAAUGGCAACAGGAGUUCUACAGACGUGUUCCACCCCGUAGCUCGUGUCACAUUGCCUUACGGCCCCCGUAGCUUACAGGAUGCUCCUGCAACUCGGGGCGGAUGCGAAUCGGCCUGUCUCAGCAACUGCUCCUGCACUGCUUACUCCUACCAAGACAGCAAAUGCUCUGUUUGGCAUGGGGAGUUGUUCAGUGUAAACAAGGAUGAUGGCAUCGAGAUACGUUCUGAAUAUACUCUGUACAUUCGCCUUGCCGCCAGAGAUUUCCCAAGUUCCACAAGAGAUAAAAGAAAACCAGUACUAACCGGAGUUGUUAUUGCUGCAAGCGUUAUCGGUUUUGGGUUGCUAAUGCUCAUGCUGCUACUAGUGAUCUCAAGGAACAGAUUCAGCUGGUGUGGUGUGUCGUCAAAUGCCACCAAUGAAGGUAGUGUUGGUGUUGUUGCCUUUAGAUACGCCGACUUGGGCCGUGCUACAAAAAACUUCACAGAGAAGCUGGGAGCCGGAGGUUUUGGUACUGUAUUCAAGGGAGCUUUAAGUGACCUGACUAGUGUCGUAGUGAAAAGGCUUGAAGGUGCGCGCCAGGGAGAGAAGCAAUUCAGGGCAGAGGUAGGUGCACUUGGACUGAUCCAACACGUCAACCUGGUGAAAUUGGUUGGUUUCUGCUAUCAUGGUGAUAGGAGGCUACUUGUAUAUGAACACAUGUGCAAUGGUUCUCUCGACUCCCAUCUGUUCCAGAGCAAUGGUACAGUCCUCGACUGGAGCACCAGAUACCAGAUAGCCAUCGGAGUUGCUAGAGGAUUGUCCUACUUGCAUCAGAGUUGCCACGAACGCAUCAUACACUGUGAUAUCAAGCCAGAAAAUGUACUCCUAAAUGAAGCGUUUGUCCCGAAAAUUGCGGACUUUGGGCUGGCAUCGGUCAUAGGAAGGGAUUUUAGCCGGGUUCUAACUACAUUCAGGGGAACGAUGGGGUAUCUUGCCCCAGAGUGGCUUAGCGGGGUUGCUAUUACAUCAAAAGUCGAUGUUUACAGUCUUGGCAUGGUACUGAUGGAAAUCAUAUCAGGAAGAAGGAAUGCAUCGGUGGUACACACUAGCAGCAGUGACUAUGUCACUUAUUUCCCUGUGCAAGCCAUCAACAAGCUUCACGAGGGAGAUGUGCAGAGCUUGGUGGAUCCACAAUUAUAUGGUGACUUCAGCUUGGAUGAGGUUGAAAGAGUUUGCAAUGUAGCAUGUUGGUGUAUCCAGGAUAAUGAGUCGUCUUUCUUCUUCUUUUGUCUUCUUUGCAGCCGAAUCCGACUUCUAAUCUUUUUGGUUUUUCUUGAGUCAGAACCCCCUCAUCCAGCCUUCAGUCGGCAUCGCGGGCUCGGCUAUUGA